CUAUCUCAGCAGAGAAUCAUAAUAUGGUUGCAAAACUGUUGUUCUGCUGAACGCAACCCAAUAUAUAUAUAGUCAGGAAUUAUCAGGAAUUAUCUUUGCGUGUGUAUUUUGAUGUGUGUGCUUAAAAGAGGCAGAGCCAUCAUUGGUCAUUAUAUAUUUGAGAAGAAAUUUGAAAUUCACGAAAAAUGUCUGAAAUAAAUCCAGAAGUGCUCAAAGUAUUCGGCUUUUGGAGUAGCAUUUUGGUUCUGAAAAUGCUGGCGAUGGUGCCGUUAACUGCGCGACAGCGAUUUCGAAAACACGUACUAGCAAGUCCAGAAGAUGGUGUCUUCAUAAAUAAAGGCAAAGCUGUUUACAAUGAUCCAGAUGUGGAGCGUGUACGCAGAGCACACUUGAACGAUUUGGAAAACGUUCUUCCUUGGUUCAUAAUCACAUACUUUUGGCUAGGAACAGGACCUUCACCAUGGUUGGCCAAAACUUUAAUACAAACCUUUGUACUUUCCCGUAUAGGUCACACUAUAUCAUAUGUAAUUUUUCAACAACAACCUCUGAGAGCGAUAACUUUUGCUGUGGCAUUUGGAAUUACAGGUUACGAAACAUUUAAAACAUUAUUAUACUAUUACUAAUUGCUUAAAUACACAUAAAUCGUGAAAUAAGCACAUAGCUAUGCAACAACAAAUUAUAUGUAUACAUACAAUUAUAUAUACAUAACAUUCUUUUAAUUUGGAGAUAGAACAAUUU